AUGUCAGAUAGAAAAAAUAGUACUGACCAAGAAAAUAAUGAUUAUUUUCAAAUUGAGGAAGUUUCGACUUAUUCAAUAAACAAUAAUAUUUUAUAUUGUAAACAAUACAAAAGAUAUUUUAGUCAAUCUAAUUUCUCAAUUGCAAAAACAACAGAUCUUAAAAUCAUCAAAUCUAAUUAUACAUCUACGUAUUUUUGGAAAUGGUAG